ACGAUCUAUGUGGAUGCCAGCAACACAGGCUGGGGCUGCAGCCUGAAUCUACCGAAUCAACCACCUCUCACUGCACAUGGACACUGGAUGCACCAAGAAACUCGAAUGUCCAUCAACUGGAGAGAGUUGAAAGCGGCCUUUCUUGCCUUACGCUCCUUUCCACGCCUACACCAUAUGAGAGUCAUGAUUCGCACGGACAACACUACGUCCAUGGCCUACAUGAACAAACAGGGCGGGACGAGAUCACUACCACUUAUGGAAUUAGCAACCAAACUGUGGAAAUGGUGUUUGAAGAGAGGAAUAACUAUUCAGUCCACACAUGUACAGGGAAUUGCCAACACAAUUGCGGAUUUCGAGUCGAGACGACCUUACCAGAAGAACAAUUGGAUGCUUCGACGCCCGAUAUUUCAUCAAAUUCAACAGCACUGGGGAACAAACGACGUAGAUCUCUUUGCGGAUCGAAACACUCACCAAGUAAAAAACUACGUGUCUUGGCUCCCAGACCCGGGCAGUCUUGCCACCGACGCAUUCACAAUUCCUUGGAAUCAAUUUCGCUUCCCGUACCUCAACCCACCAUGGAACCUGAUAACACGAUGCUUGCAAAAAAUUAUCCAGGAACGGUUACCUUUGGUGACGAUGGUGACCCCGUAUUGGAAGACAGCAAUUUGGUUUCCUGUCUUACAGACAUUGAGUGUAGCACCACCAGUUCUCCUCCACCCAGCCACAUCGAUCACACUACCUUCACCAGCAGCAAUAUGGCCAACGACGGCAAAUCACAACUGGAAACUCGCCGUGUGGAAAUUCUCAGCACUCAAUACCAACAUACUGCUUUAAACCCAGACGCUCAACAACUUCUAACCCAACACACUGUACAAGAUUCUAGCACUAACCGAUCAUAUCGACGCGGUCAAAUUUUAUUUCUUAAAUGGGCAUCUGAUAACAACAUUUCGGACAACAAUUUUUCCCCCAUUGAUCUAAUCAAUUUUUUAAGUGCUAUGAAAUCAACUCAUAACUAUGCAGUAACCACACUUCAACUUUUUCGUUCUGCUCCUUCCUAUUGGGAGUUGCAUGUUUUUUUCGCCCGUCAGACUUACAACGUAUUCCGCUUGAUUCCGUUCAGGUGUCUCCUGAUCUCGCCUUCUUGUGUCUUGAGUUCAUUGUCCCAAAGAAAAACGCCAGAUCGUAGAAUCAUUAAAUCAUUCAAAGUGCGUGCUCAUACCGACUCAACUACUCUUUGCCCUCUUCAAACUUUUCUUGUGUAUGCUCAGCGUCGUCCUGUCUGCUCUUCUCUUAGCCUCUUCGUCAAUUCCAUUUCUCCGGAUCGACCUCUCCAAGCCAGUACUAUUCAGGGAUGGAUUUCUAGACUUUUACGCCGAUCAACCUCUGAACCUAGGGUUAGUCUGCGAUCUAUCGCCUCCUCUUUGGCUCUUGCCUCCGGUAUUCCUAAAGACGAUGUAGUUACUAUGGGCAACUGGUCAAAUUCCUCCACCUUCGAAAAUCAUUAUCGCAGGGAACAUUUGUCACAAUUUGACUUUACCAGCACUCUUAUUACUCUGGAUUAG